AUGGUUGCAUUUGAAAUAACUAUACUUGGAGCCAAUGGAGGACCCAGUGAAUACGCCACACAGUGCUUCAUCCUCAAGCCUGCCAGAACAGAAGAUUCGGAAUUGAUAGCCGUAGAUGGUGGCGGUGGAAUGCACCAAUUACGAGAACUUUUGGCCCAAGGGCAGAAUGACAAUGAAGGCUAUGACGAGUUAGUUCUAAGUUUCUAUGAACACGACCGAGAGCCGAUAGAAUUUUUUAUUGACCCUAGGCUGACCAUACAGAAGGGCUUGUCGAAGUCUCUGCUGCAAUCGUUGAAGAGGCAUGGGGCGCAUUUUGAAAGUGCGAACACAACUAACAAAGCCUUUAAGCUGUUUCAGGGAAUUACCGACUACUAUAUUACGCAUCCGCAUUUCGAUCAUAUUAAUGGACUAGUGAUAAACUCUCCCUCAAUAUACGAGCAAGAAAACACAAAAAAGAAAACUAUAUGGGGGCUCCCACACACUAUUGACGCCCUGCAAAAGCAUGUCUUCAACGACUUGAUAUGGCCGGACUUAACUGCAGAACGCUCGGAAAAAUUAAAGCUACGGUCUUUAAACUCCAAGGAGAUUCAAAAGUGCACUAUUUUUCCUUGGGAUGUAAUACCAUUCAAGGUUCACCACGGGGUAGGUGUAAAAACUGGCGCGCCAGUAUACAGCACUUUUUAUAUCUUCAGAGACAGGAAAAGUAAAGAUUGUAUAAUAGUUUGCGGAGAUGUUGAACAGGACCGUGGAGGAUGUGAAGAAAACUUACUAGAGGAGUUUUGGUUAUAUGUUGCUGAGAAUAUCCCGCUGGUGCAUCUCAAGGGUAUAUUAGUCGAAUGCUCCUGUCCGCUGUCUUCCAAACCGGAACAAUUGUAUGGACACUUGUCGCCAAUAUAUUUGAUCAACGAAUUAUCCAAUUUGAACACGUUAUACAACAGCAGCAGGGGAUUGAGUGGUCUAAAUGUCAUUGUCACUCAUGUUAAGGCAACCGCGGCUAAAAGAGACCCGCGGCUGACCAUACUUGAAGAGUUACGAUUCUUGGCUCAGGAGAGAAACUUGGGCGAUUUAAGGAUAUCUAUUGCUCUGGAAGGCCACACUUUGUUUCUGUGA